GCUCUUAGUUGUCAACAAAACAAAUCUUGACAGCCAAGCGAAAAUGAUGAGGAGUUCGUUUUUUGUUCUUCUUGCUUUGAUUGCCCUUUCUCAGGCCAUAGUUCGUCGUGAUGCCUCCGGUCCAACACUUGUGCUCCGUGACAACUGUAAGAUCAUUCCAGCCGGUGGAUGCUCCUGUGACGUCAAGGAGGGAAACGAUGAGGUUGUGAUCCGUGAAUAUGACAGUGUUGAUCAAUGUAAGAAGUCUGUGGAAAUGGCCACAGCUGAGAACAAGAAGGAUUUGAACGAAGAAAUCAAACAAAAAUACGGAGAUUUCAAGGAAAACUGUUUCCCAAAACCAUCGGGUGGAUGCAAGUGCAACGUGGAUCUUGGACAUGGUGAGGAGGUGGCCGAGUACUCCGCAGACGCUGAUUGCAAGAAAUCCAUUGAAUCAGUGACAGCUGAGCACAAGAAAGAGCUCAACGAGGAGAUUAAGGAGAAAUUCGGAGCAUUCAAGGAAAACUGCUUCCCAAAGCCUUCCGGUGGAUGCAAGUGCAAUGAGAAAGACGCCAAUGGAAAUGAAGUUGUGACUGCCUACAAUAACCCAGAUCAAUGCAAAGUUCGUGGAAAGAGAGAUGUCGGAGCAACAGUUCAACGUCAACCAGCCAAUAUUGCCAGAGCUAAUGUGAAAGAUGUGAAGCAGGCUCAGCCAAAUUAUGACGUCAGAGAUCCAGUGAGAGAGCGCGCCCAAGCCAACUACGCCGCAGUCGUCGAUGAGCUAAAGAACAAGUUCAAGGGGCUUAAGGAAGGAUGUUUCCCAAGACCAAAAGGAUGUCUCUGUGUUAUUGGAAAAACUCCAGAAGGACGUGAUAUUACUGAGAGAAGAAUGAAGGAUGUUGACUGCAAGUGCAAGGAAGGAGAACGUGGACCUGAGUGCCCAGCUAACUAAUUUUUUUUUUGGAACUUUUCAAUUAAAAACAAACAUUUAAUGUUGAUACUCUUGCCCAAUAUAUAUACAUUCUAAAAACAUUUAUUUUUUGGGUUUUUUUGUGUAAUAAUUUGGACCAAAUAAAUUUUGCACUGAAUG